GAGGUUGGUUUUCGGUCGGAGGGUCGGAAGAGUUCCAACUGCCUGCAAAACGGACGUCGACGUGCUAGAACGCGCGUCCGAGUUCUCGUGUCCAACCUGUUCGAGAUUCCCAAAGAUGUCAACUCAAGGCCAUACCUGGGCCCGACAGGUAAAGAAGGAAGAUGAGGAAGAGGACCCCCUGGACCGGCUGAUCUCCCGUUCUGGCUGUGCUGCUUCCCAUUAUGCAGUACAGGAGUGCAUGGCCCAACACCAGGACUGGCGCCAGUGUCAGCCGCAGGUACAGGCCUUCAGGGACUGCAUGAGUGAACAGCAGGCAAGGCAGCGGGAGGAGCUGCAGAGGAGGAAAGAGCGAGGCCGUCCCACCACUGAGACUCCAAACCGCCUAUCCCCAGAGAAUGGCCCUGCAGAAACUAGCACCCAGAGAGAUCCCGGGAAGAAGUCCUGAACAGCGGAAGUGUGGGCCAAGAGGUAUAAAACUCGGGGACUAUCUUCAGCUAAGACUGACGUUGAAAGCUAGGCAGCCAUGGGUUUGGACAUGACUGCUGUAAAGAGCUGUGGUAUUUUCAUGCUGAGAUACCACACAUCUUCACCCAUCAUGUUCCACCAAUAUUAAAUAUUGACUGGUAUUUGCCAAGUAAAACAAAGAGUGGGGUUAAUGGAUGGUCUUCUGUCCUACAUCUUGGGUCAGUGUGCCAAGUACUGAUUUCAUGGACACUUAAUUUGAAAAGUAAAUUCACAAUCUAAAUGUAAAUUGGUUACCUCGUCAGGUCUUCAUUUAUUCAUCAUUGGUUCAACACAUGACUGACAAGUUUUUCUAAGACCUUUCCUUGUGCCAGCUACUGUGUGAAUGAAAUGAUCUGAUGUGAUGAAUAAUAGGAUCUCUUUCUUCGUGUUACUUAUUCUGGUUUGAAGGGUGGAAAUAAAACAACAUUAGAACAACUAA